AGUUACUCUGUCGAAUAACUCGUGUUGGCUGCACGUCCGUUGACCCUCUCUACAGACUACUAAAAACAGAAUGCCGAUCGACCUGUACUACGUCCCCGGCUCGGCGCCGUGCCGUGCGGUGCUUCUCACAGCGCGUGCUCUCAACCUGAACCUCAAUCUGAAGCUGGUGGAUCUACACCACGGCGAGCACCUUAAGCCAGAAUACCUCAAGCUGAACCCUCAACACACAGUACCCACGCUGGUGGACGAUGGGCUGGCGCUGAGCGAGUCCCGCGCUAUCAUCACAUACCUGGUGAACAAGUACGGGAAAUCCAGCGGGCUCUACCCAGAGGAGCCCCGCGCUCGUGCUCUCGUCGACCAGCGCCUGUACUUCGACAUCGGCACACUCUACCAGCGAUUCAGCGAGUACUUCUACCCACAAGUGUUUGCCGGAGCGCCAGCUGAUAAGGACAAGCUCGCGAAGGUGGAGGAUGCUCUCAAGAUUCUGGACACAUUCCUCGAGGGACAGAAGUACGCGGCGGGACCCGGCCUCACCGUUGCCGACCUCAGUUUGAUUGCCAGCGUGUCCAGCUUCGAAGCCUCCGAUAUUGACUUCAAGAAGUUCCCCAAUGUUAAGAGAUGGUACGAAACCGUAAAGACCACAGCACCAGGCUACCAGGAGGCUAACGAGAAGGGUCUGGACGCCUUCAAAGCCCUCGUCAACAGCAUGAAGAAGUAAUAGGAAUCGAGCUUGGUUCCGAUGGCCGGGGAGUCGCGUUUUAUUGUUAAAUGCACAAACACACAGCACGUCAAACACCACUUCUACGUAUGUCAGAGUACAUAUUCUUUAAGACUUAUAAAUUAAGGCACAAUAAAUAAAUUAUGUUUU